AUGGUUAUAUUAUCCGGAGAUGAAGCAAACCCAAGCCGCAUCGAGAAAUCUGUCGCCUCAGGAACCGACGAAAAAGAGAAGGAAGCCGUAGACGAAGGAGAACAAGAGAAGGAAGCCGUAGAUGAACAGAAUAAAGACAGAGAAGAAGAGAAGGAGCCGAAAGAAGUGGAAGAGGAAAUGGAGCCCCGAAGAGACGAUGAAACGGCGAUAAUUGUACGACCACAUGGAACUGAGUCGCAUGCAGAGUCGAAAACAGUCUUUUCAUUGUCUGACAAGCUAACUCUUCUAGAAGACGAAGUGAAAAGUCUUAGGUCGAGUGGUGAUAAUCCGUCGGAGGAGAAUAAGGAGUCGGACGAAGAGGACGAUGUUGAUAAGGCAUCGGAGGAAGAGGAUGGUGGUGAUAAGGAGAGUAAGGAGUCGGAGGAAGAAGAUGACGUAAAUAAUUACAUUCGCGAUGUUACAAACAAAGUGCAGAAGAAACAUGGUGAUGUUGGUGAUAACAUGGAUGAAGAUACUGCACAGAUGAUUGUUCAUGCAGAGAAGCAUGAGAAGGCAGAGGCUGAGAAGGCAAAGAAGGAAAAAAAGAGGGGGAGAAUAGAUGAUGGAAAAGAAGCAGAACCUUCGAAAAAGACAAAGGCAGCUGAGAAGGAGGCAGCUAAGAAGGCAGCGUCUAAGAAGGAGGCAGUUAAGAAGGCAGCAGCUGAGAAGGCAGCAGCUAAGAAGGCAGAAGAAGCCACCCCUGAAGCCGAAGAAGAGUUUGUAUGA